AAAGUCACCUUCCCUCGGUCCAAUUACCCACGAGAGUAGGUUUGCGAAGCCUCUUGCAAUCUCGAGCGACGAUCUCGCCCCCAGUUCUCCUCGCCGUCGCCGCCCGGUUCCUCGUACUACCUUUCGGUUGAUUGAGCCCCGACGCGAAGCGCAGAGGUCUUGUCCCUUGACGGACGAAGAGGAGGGAGGCCGGGGAGGAAUGGGGGAUGGGGCCAGCAGUAGCCGCAGCGGCCGGGGAGGAGGAACGGAAAGGGUGAAGGGAGGAGGGGCGAUCGGUGAGAGUAAGGUCACCGAUCAUGGCAGGAGGAGGUCCUCUUGCGGAUACUGCAGAUCCACCUCCUACUCCAGCAUCUCCCACGGUUUAUGGGCUGACAGUAUAACAGCUGAGGACUACCAAGAGCUGCUUGACCAUGGUUGGAGGAGAUCUGGUUGCUUCCUUUACAAACCUGAGAUGGAAGGAACAUGUUGCCCAUCUUAUACCAUUCGUCUGAAAGCCACUGAUUUCUAUCCUUCCAAAGAGCAAGCUCGUAUAUAUAAAAAAAUGCAAAGGUUCUUAGAUGAUACCACAUCAGUGAAGAAAUUUGAAUCUUCAAAACAAAAGGAAAAUUCUUGUAGGGGCUUACUCAAGCUUUCUGGCAAUGACUCUAUUACGAAAAUGACUGCAUUAUCAACAAAAGAAUCUUCAGCUAGUACAUGUGAAAAUAUGUGCAAUGAAAAUGACAUUCUUCAUUCUUUGGCAAACAUAAUUAAUAGUGCUGUAAGCACACUUUUUGUCAGUUAUACUGCCCAUCUUCCUAAGGCUGUUGUGAAGAAGGUGACAUGCCAAGCCAAAAAAAAGCUGGUGGAAAUAUCAGAAGAUUUAGUAUAUACUAGCAGCAUAGCAUUUCAAAUAGCGGCAGCUAUUAGGCGCUCUCAGUCUACAGAUGAGACUAUUAAAUGUCGGGAAUCUGAAUUAUUGGAUUUGAAUGCAACAACUAUUGCUGAACAGCUGGCAUGCUUAGUGAAGGAGCAUGAAUUGCCUUCUGAGCUUUUAAUAAAAGCUUGCAAUGGCCACCUAAAUUUCUAUUCUGCGACCAAAAAGAGGAGCUCAGAAUUCAUUGACCUUAAAGAAAGUAUGCAGGCUUCAAGAGGUAACAGAGGUAAUACAAAAAGGAUUUGCUCCGCUGACAGUAAUGCAAUUCUCCCACAAAAGAGAAGAAAGCUUGAAAUCCGUAUGAACAGAUCAAGUUUUGAUCAAGAAGAAUUUGCUUUAUACAGAAGAUACCAAAUUAAGGUACAUGAUGAUAAACCAGAAAAAGUCACAGUAGGUUCAUACAAAAGAUUUCUGGUGGAUACUCCUAUUGUAUUUGUUCCACCAGUUAGUGGUGAUAACACAAUUCCACCUUGUGGUUUUGGCUCUUUCCAUCAGCAGUAUUUGAUUGAUGGGAAGCUUGUUGCAGUUGGUGUUGUGGAUGUUCUUCCAAGAUGUUUGUCUAGCAAGUAUUUAUUUUGGGACCCUGAUUUUGCCUUUCUAUCACUUGGAAAGUAUUCAGCUUUGCAGGAAAUAAAUUGGGUAAAGGAGACUCAAAACCAUUGUCCUAGUCUCCAGUAUUACUAUCUCGGCUAUUACAUUCACUCCUGCAACAAAAUGAGAUACAAAGCAGCAUAUCGUCCAUCCGAACUACUUUGUCCUCUUCGUUACCAGUGGGUACCAUUUGAAGUGGCAAGACCUUUGCUCGAUAGAACUCCUUAUGUUAUCCUAUCAGAUUCUCUGGAUGUAAAAGAUUGUGCAAUGUCACCAAAGCUCCCUAAUCCUGUUGAAAACUUAGGCCCUGAUUUUCAUGAUUCUUCUCCAAUGGAAGAUCUGUCUGAUGAAGAUGAAGAAGAAGAUGAAGAAGUUGGCUUUCAUUAUGAAGAUUCGGAUACAGGUGUAGAGGAUGAAUCAAAUUUAGCAGCAACUAAUGCAUUGAAUGUUGCUGAUUCACGAGCUUAUGAUGUUGGUGACAUUGUGCUUGAUGUCAACGGUUCAUGUGUGAAGUUCAAGGACAUUGAGAAAGUCUUUGGCCCACUAGAAAGGAGGAUCAUUUCUAAACUAGAAAGUCAGCUACAACGCUUUGUUGAAGUCGUCGGAAACGAGCUUGCUGGCCGUAUGGUGUACUCCCUCGGGUAGCUUCAAUUGCAUGUGGAACUACUUUGCCAGAUACAUCCAUUGUGAAAGUAGUGUGUGAGGAAACUUGGACCACCUUAAUUCUUUUGAUUUCACAUUGGGAACCACUGUAAAUAUUGUCAGACUCCUGUAACACUGGAACGGUAAGUGUUUCUGCAAAUUUGGUGGAUGAUGCACUCAAACUGUGCUUCUUCAUCGAACAGAUAAGAUAGAUGCAUCAGUUGGUCGC